AUGGAUGUUGAUAACCCAACUCGAAUGGAUGCCUCCGAGCUCUCCGACGACGCCAAAAGAGCAUUCAAAGAAUGGAUCAAAGAGCAUCCUGUCAAACCGAAUCUGAAUAGAGCCGCUGAUUGGUUUCUCAUAAACGGAUACAGGGGAUUCACCGGCGGUCAUGAGCAGCUUGUUAAUGAGGCUCUAGAAGAGGUUGCCCAGGCAUAUGAAGCCAGAAUCAAGAUGUGUCAAUCACUGGAAGUCCCUGGAUUUGGGCUUCCGCUCACCCAUAUGCCUCCCGAAAAUGAGCGAUUUCCCAUCCUGUUGGGUGUAGAAUCGUGGGAUUGGAAAGCUGCCACUCUGCUCGUGCGCGAAGUUUGCAUGAUGAAAGUCAUGGAGGAGUUGACCAACAAACCUGAGUGGUGGCUGAAGAUUCACGAUCCUGAAGUCACCAAGAAAUGGAGAAAAGAGGUUUUGGAAAUGGAUUGGGCCGCAUACCGCCCGUACGGUGAUUUCACACCUAAAAUGGCCAAGGCAUGCAUCAAGGAGUUGCAACUCAAGGCAGAGCUAUAUCAAAAGACGGGUCUGAUCCCAAUCUUCGACUACUCUUCCUGCGUGAUCAAAUCCGAUAGUCUCGUGCCGAAAGAGUUGCGCGACACUCUCCGAUCUGCUGUUCGUGCGCUGGAAGAGGUCCCUGAUUCUGAGAAGGACUGGCAUCCUGGAACCACCCACAAAGUUCUGGACCUGGUCCACCCUUCCCUGUGGCCCUUGAUUUACGGCAGAAGCCGCGUUCUUCGUGACAAACGCAUUGGCGUAUCGGACGCAAUUAGUCACUGCGGCACCGGCGAAGUCAUUCCUAAGCCCCUGUUGAUUGAGGUUCCUGGGCCGGAGGAUCGUCAUGAUAUGGAAGCUGCCGUGCCCUCUGUUUCGACCAAGUUCCAGUGGCUCCCUUGCGAGGUUGUUCUUGAUGGCCAGUCAGCCAAAAUCGACAGCUACAUCAACAAUUUGCAUCCGGUCGACCACGCAAACUUGUAUCCAGUGAUAGAAAAAUUCAUCGAAAAGGCACUGCCUGCCUGGGAUGUGAUAUACAGAUGGCCAAAAGAGUUUGAGACACAGCGACUGACUGAGACUAAUGUCAACCCGGUGUGCCAAGCAAAGGACAUAUGCAACUGGGAAUGCCAGCCUUAUAAUCGUCCGCUGGAGGACGGGGAGGAGGGAAAUGAGAAUGAUCCAUGGCAGCCCGGAUAUCGUGAGUCUGAGCGCUUUAAGCGUGACUGGGCUUGGUUUUCUGAAACACACCCGGCCCAACUACCAGAGCCAGUUCCAGGUGCCGAGCACCAUCUGAAAUUGUCGGCUUCAGACGUCAAAACCGAGGGAUUUUUCAACGGCAAAUCCCGCGUCCAGGUGAUUGUCAAGCUUGCCAAUGUUCAUCUGACCCCUGAGGACCCCGAAUACAAAUUCGAGGUCUCCGAGGAGCUUGCUAAUUUCUACACGACGGAGCCACCUGAAGCCCUGGACCAACGCUCAGAUGCAUCUUCGUUCCAACUAGCCCCGUCUGAAGGUUCUCCGACCAACUCUGAUGUGUCGUCCACCGGGAAUCGCCGUCUUUCUUUGAACCUUUCGGAUUAUCACAGUAUCUACGUUAACAACGAUACAACAGAGUAUGAGGGAGGCUCCUGGCACUCAGAGGGCAUGCUCAAUGAACGAAUAUGUGCAACAGCAUUGUUCUAUUAUGAUUCGGAAAAUAUCACCGAUUGUCAUCUGGACUUCCGUACCGCGGCUAACAGAGAAGACCUAUCGAUCAACCUUGGAUAUGGGCAAAGUCAGCACUACCCGAUCGAGCAGACCUUUGCUAUUCCCAACGUGAAUCGGGACACGCUUCAGUACAUUGGCGGUGUUCUCACAACCAACAGCCCGUCGACUGGCGAAGACGACACGCGCGCUGUAUUCUUCCCAAACCUGCUACAGCACAAGGUCUCGCCAUUUCGCCUUGCGGAUCCUACGCGCCCUGGCCAUCGAAAGAUUCUUGCUCUCUUCCUAGUCGACCCAGCCAUCCCGGUCAUCUCUACGGCGAACGUCCCACCCCAGCAGCGUGAUUGGUGGGGAUGUGACGGGCCGAUCAGGGACACGUUGACACACCGGCUCCCGGCUGAGUUGACGCAGAUGGUGCUUGAGGACAUAGUCGAGUUUCCAAUUGGGACCGAGGAGGCGAAGAACAUUCGUUUGGAACUGAUGGACGAGAGAUCGGUGAAGCAAGAUAAGACGGAGGAAAGUCUGACCUGGAUCGGGUGGAACUUUUGCGAGCAUUGA